AUGGCCCCAACAAACUCCGCUCUAGCUCUCUCCCUCCUAACAAGUCUGGGCGGGAUAAUCGGCUACACACGGACCGGAUCGAUCCCCUCAAUCGCCGCAGGCGUCUCCGUCGGCCUCGUCUACCUCCUCUCAUUCCUGCGUCUGCGCGCCGGCCAAUCCUACGGCGAGGAAUUGGGUUUACUAGCAUCUAUCGUACUGGGUGGAAGCUCUGUGCCGCGCGUGAUCAAGACAGGCGGGAAGCCUGUUCCGGUUGUUCUGUCUUUGCUGGCUACUUACGGGCUUUAUGUUUUCGGGGCUGCGUAUAAACAGAAGACGGCAUGA